AUGGAGUUGUCUCUCAGUUCCUACUCGGGCAAAACUCCCAUGGACUGUGCCUUCCCAUGUUUGCUGCCUUCUGCGAACAUCUCCCCUUCCUUACAUCUUCCUUUCCUCCACCAGACGCUGAAGGAUGCCAGUGACAAUGCCCGCAAGGACUUCCACCGUGAGGCAGAGCUGCUGACUAACCUGCAACAUGAGCACAUCGUCAAGUUCUAUGGCAUCUGUGUCGAGGGUGAUCCACUCAUCAUGGUCUUUGAGUAUAUGAAGAAUGGAGAUCUUAACAAAUUCCUCAGGGCACAUGGACCAGAUGCAGUACUGAUAGCAGAAGGCAACCGUCCUGCUGAGCUGACUCAAUCCCAGAUGCUUCACAUUGCCCAGCAGAUUGCAGCUGGUAUGGUUUACUUGGCAUCACAGCACUUCGUGCAUCGGGAUCUUGCUACCCGGAAUUGCCUGGUUGGUGAGAACCUGCUGGUGAAGAUUGGGGAUUUUGGGAUGUCUAGAGAUGUGUACAGCACAGACUACUAUAGGAGCUGUCUAGAACUGGCUGUGUAUGGCACGGGGCAGACCAAAGAGGCCACCCCUGCAGCCCUCCCCACCCACUGCCCAAACCUUGCCACAUACACCUAA